UCUUAUUUUCAUUGUCACUCUCAUCUUUUAGAGAGAGAAUAUAAAGAAGAAGAAGGGCAAUUAUGGAAUGUGGAGGAACUGCACAAGGAGGAGGAGAUGGCUUCCAUAGCUAUAAAAGGCAACAUCCGAAACAAACUUCUGCAUUGAACAUGUUGCUGACCCCAAACAAGCCAACCUCCGCCAACAACACUCCAAACAGCAAUCACCACCUCUCUAACGGUGGAGCCGCCACCGGCAACUCCCCAGCCACUAGCCCCAUCCCGGUCGCUACCGCCACCAACAAUGAGCAAAACCAACAAUGCAUGGUGCGAGAGCAAGACCAGUACAUGCCGAUAGCUAAUGUGAUACGCAUCAUGCGACGGAUCUUACCCUCCCAUGCAAAGAUAUCGGACGACGCCAAAGAGACCAUCCAAGAAUGUGUGUCAGAGUACAUUAGCUUCAUCACUGGCGAGGCAAACGAACGAUGCCAACGGGAGCAACGCAAGACAGUGACGGCGGAGGAUGUCCUUUGGGCUAUGGGGAAGCUAGGUUUUGAUGAUUAUAUUGAACCGCUAACUGUUUUCCUCAACCGCUAUCGUGAGUCGGAAAGUGACCGAAUUCGCACUGAGCCAAUCUUGAGGCGCAAUGUGGAUUACGGGCCACAAGUGGGAAUGAUGCCACCGUACGGGCAGGCAUUUCAGAUAGGGCAUGUCCCAGCAGGGAUGUUCGAUGCAAUGGGCGGAUACUAUAACGGAGGCGGGAGCGGUGGCCCGAGCGCCGGAAACGGUAGCCAGCUUUGAUAUGAGUUUGAAGUAGGGUACUAAUUUGAAAUGAAAGCUAUAUAUAUAAUGAAUAAAUAUCAAAAAGCAACAAGUGAUUAUAACCCAUUUGUUCUAGCUAGGUUUGAUGGUGGUGGUGGCUGGCUGGUUGGCUGCUGUGGUUUGUAUGGCUGCAAGAUAGUCUUUGCUAACUUCUCUCUUUCACUUUUUAAAUUCUUGUUAUUCCCCAAAAACUUUCUUGCAUC